AUGGAGCACUCCAACGGGACCAACGGGACCAACGGGACCAAUGGGAAUAUCCCAACGGCACGAUAUUUGACCUUCCCAGCCCUCAAACAUGGUACAAUCGUCAACGGGAAGCAAGCUUUGAACAGGUGGUCGUCCACUAUUACGAGAGACCACGAUUUUCCGGGGGCCCAGGCAAUGUUAUAUGCUGCUGGUGUUCCAAACAAAGCUGCAAUGAAAAGCCAUCCUCAAGUUGGUAUUUCUACAGUAUGGUGGGAAGGAAACCCUUGCAAUAUGCACCUCCUCGAUCUCGGAAAGACCGUGAAAGCUGCGGUACAGAAACAAGAAAUGAUUGGAUGGCAAUUCAACACGGUAGGGGUUUCGGAUGGGAUCACAAUGGGAGGAGAUGGCAUGCGAUUCUCAUUGCAGACUCGGGAAAUCAUUGCCGACAGCAUUGAAACAGUGACAUGUGCACAACAUCAUGACGCGAAUAUCUCGAUACCGGGGUGCGACAAGAAUAUGCCGGGGGUCAUUAUAGCUGCAGCCCGACAUAAUCGACCAUUUCUCAUGAUCUACGGUGGCACCAUCAAGAAAGGCUUCUCAAGGCUUCUGAACAAGGACAUCAACAUCAGCACAUGCUACGAAGCAGCCGGAGCUUUUAACUAUGGUCGAUUGAGAGCUGCUGAAGGAGCUGGGGAAAUUGGUCGCACUCCAAGCGAUGUUAUGGAUGACCUGGAACAGCAUGCUUGUCCCGGCGCCGGAGCAUGCGGUGGGAUGUAUACGGCAAAUACUAUGAGCACAGCCAUCGAAGCUAUGGGUCUUUGCCUCCCAGGAUCCUCGUCAAAUCCAGCCGAAUCACCAGCCAAGAUGAGAGAGUGCGCAAAAGCAGCUGACGCAAUCAAAAUAUGCAUGGAGAAAAACAUCCGGCCUCGCGAUCUGAUGACCAAGGAGUCGUUCGAGAACGCUCUGGUGAUGACAAUGGCUUUUGGGGGCUCGACAAACAGCGUUCUUCACUUUCUCGCCAUGGCUGGCACAGCCGAAGUGCCUCUUUCUCUAGACGACUUCCAACGUGUCAGCGACAAGAUCCCCUUCCUUGCAGACCUCGCUCCUAGCGGUAAAUACUUCAUGGAAGACCUCUAUAACAUUGGCGGGACACCCUCUGUGCUCAAAUUGCUUGUUGCAGCAGGUCUCAUGAACGGCAAUAUCCCUACCGUGACCGGGAAAACGCUCGCUGAAAACAUUGCUCCCUUCCCUUCUCUGCCACAGGAUCAGGUCAUCAUCCGACCGAUUUCGAAUCCGAUCAAAGCUACCGGACACCUACAGAUUCUUCGUGGAAAUCUUGCGCCGGGUGGAGCUGUGGCGAAGAUUACUGGGAAAGAAGGCCUCGUCUUCAAGGGAAAGGCGAGGGUGUUUAAUAAAGAGCAUGAACUCGACACAGCUCUUAAUAAGGGCCAGAUUCCUCAUGGUGAGAAGCUGGUCUUGAUUGUGAGAUACGAGGGUCCAAAAGGCGGGCCGGGUAUGCCAGAACAAUUGAAGUCAAGUGCAGCGAUUAUGGGAGCUGGACUCAAGAAUGUGGCUUUAGUUACUGAUGGGAGGUACUCGGGUGCCAGUCAUGGUUUCAUCGUGGGCCACGUCGUUCCCGAAGCUGCAGUGGGAGGACCCAUAGCAGUCGUUCAAGACGGCGAUGUCGUCACAAUAUCUACCGAGACAAAUACCAUUAGCAUGGACGUCAGUGGCGAGGAGAUCGCAAAUCGCCUGAAAGCUUGGAAACCACCAAAGAGUGCGGUCAACCGAGGGGUUCUGGCAAAGUACGCCAAGCUUGUUGGAGAUGCUUCUCAUGGAGCUAUGACAGAUCUGUUCUAA